CGAGUUUGUAUUUUGGACAACUUGACAGAGGUCUUGCGAAGUAGGCAAGUCCCAUCAGCGCUGAUACGAUGACAGAAAUGGGCUCGGCGGUGCGGUUAUCGUUGCUCGGCCUCUUCCUGUGCACGCAGCUCGGCAGGGCUCCAGCCCGCAGUCCCCGCACGGCGGACCAGGUGUCUGAGGCCGACAUCCAGCGGCUCCUGCACGGCGUCAUGGAGCAGCUGGGCAUCGCUCGGCCCAGGGUGGAGUAUCCCGCCCACCAGGCCACCAACAUUGUCGGGCCUCAGAGCAUACAGGGUGGUGCUCACGAGGGGUUGCAGCACCUCGGUCCCCUUGGCAACAUCCCCAACAUCGUGGCAGAGCUGACAGGCGACAAUGUUCCCAAAGACUUCAGCGAUGACCACGGCUACCCAGACCCUCCAAACCCCUGCCCCCUGGGAAAGACAGCAGCAGAUGGCUGUUUGGAAAAUGCUCCUGACACAGCUGAGUUCAGCAGAGAGUUUCAAAAACACCAGCACCUAUUUGACCCAGAGCACGACUACCCAGCCCUGGCGAAGUGGAACAAGGAGCUUUUGUACCAAAAACUGAAAGGAGGCCCGAAAAGGAGAAAAAGGAGUGUCAACCCGUAUUUAAAGGGCCAGAGGUUGGACAAUGUGGUCGCCAAAAAAUCUGUUCCUCACUUCUCUGAGGAAGAGGAGGAAGAGGCACCGACCGCCUCUGCUGCCAGCAAAUCCACAACCUAAACUCCUGCACCUGCAACACCGACUGUAAUAUUAAAGCGUACUCUUGGUUUUUAACUCUACAUAUUUAAGCAUUUUGGUUGACAAGCAAUGGGAUUGUGACUUCAGUGCAAGUACUGAAAAAUAAGAACGAUUUUUGAAGUUGUUCACACUUUUUUAUUGUAAUGCAGAAAUAUUAAUUGGCCCAGAUCCUGUUCAAUAAUUAGCCACAACAUCUGUCUCACAACUUUUGCUCUUAUUUUUAACAUAUGGGCUUGAAUGGUAGACCGUAACAGUACAUCUUCCCAUGAUAAAGCAUUACGAUCCGAGAGCUUGGUCCAUGGAAACAACAUUUUAUGGCCUUGUUGACAAUCUGUGACCCUCAUCUGUCAUCAUGGGGAGUAAAUUUUAGCUCAUGAUAAAAAACAAAAUGCAAAAUCUCAACACACUGUUAUUACUCUGAAGUUAGAAAGAUUAUCUUGGAGAGAAAAUAUCUACAUCCUAAUAAAUUUCUUUGAGCAUUAAUGCUUACACCUUCGAGUGUGAUACAGAAAUUGGAAAGAGCUCUGACUGAAAAAGGUCUGGCGGACCUUCUGUGUUGUACAGUGUUAACUUCAAUAGUGAGCCAAAUAUUAUAGUUUAAAUAUCUGGUAAGAAUAUUCAGGAUUUAAGCCAUUUAUAGGGGAUAUAAAUGUUUCUUAUACCAACCAAUUUUAAAGCAUGUAUAGAGCCACAGUUCCAGAGAUUCAACCAUUUAACCCAAAAUGCUAAAAUACAAUGUGUUAAGAACUUGUCUGGCAGUGUAUAGGAUAUCUACAACUGUAUUAUAAAAAGAAGUUGUAUAAAGAUAUAUUAAUUUGGAGGAAUAUUGAAUGACAAAGUUAUUAUUACUCGUGACUGUACAGAGAUCAUUUUACCCGCACUCUGAAGUUUCUAAAGUUACUUUUUUUUAUGUCUCAAUAUAACCAUAUAAUCACCUCUGUGUCUUGAAGCAAAUAUUCCAUACAGAUCAUAUUCUUAGAAGCCAAUUGUAAGUGGUUGUAGCUUUGCUUUGUCAUGUAAGGGAUGACUGUUAACUAAGUCACUGUAGCAUGGCAAAUAUUGUAAACGUUAUUCUGAUUAGUAUCUAUUCACUUCACCACACUGCAGUAAUACAGGCAGCAAUUAAUCUGUCUGGGGUCACUUCAUGUUGUUUGUGUUAUGUUUUUUGUUCUGUAAUGUCAAAUAAACGAUUUAUCUGCAUUGACAAAAC